UCUUAGGUAUCGUCUCCCGUGCGCACCCACAGCAGCUUUCCAAUGACCAUGACCACGAACACAUCGUCCCUUGCGCCGAACGUGGCGCUGCUGACGUCCUCGGUGAACAGUCCGAACAUCAGUCGCACCUACAGCAGCACCACGACCACCACAGAGCACAUUGAGAUACGCAGCGAGGGCGGUACCGGGGAUGAGGUGGACACGGAAUCGAUACGCAAACGGGUCACAGAUCGACUGCGUCGCUCGCUCUCGAAGACCAUCUCGACUGUGGCGGGCUUGAAUUCGGACGCGAAUAGGAACAGCUCGGACAGAGGCAGUCGCUAUAGCCGAUCUGUGUCGCGUUCCGUUUACGAUGACGAGGACAAGAGCUCGAAGCGCAGCUACUCCACCGGCGAGGAGGACAUCAUUGAGGAGGAGGAGCAGCUGGAGGAUGAGGAGGAGCAGUUCCGCAGCUUCAAUGCUACGCGGCAAUUGAGGACGCCGGACACCUCCUGCCGGAAGCGGCUGGUGCCCCGGGAAUUUGGUGGCUGGCCUGGAGCACUGCUCCUGCUGUUGAAUGUGCCCGCUCUGGUCUACUAUCUCACCUGGAGCUGUACGGCGCGCAACGGCUGUCAACUGAAGCGGCCCAAUCCCAUGGCUCUGUUCGACUGGAACUAUCUGACGCGUCAGGUGUUCCUGCCGCACGUCGUUGGCGUCUUCUCGGCCUACCAGUUUGUGGUCUUUCUGCUGGUGGCGUUGCUGCCCGGACGACGUGUCCAUCUCACACGUGAAACGUACAAAUUCAAUGGAUUGGGCGUCAGCUUCACCCUGCUGCUCGCGGGCGGCAUCGCUGAGUAUCUGAAGUAUCCCGUGGUCAGCUUCAUACUCCGUCACUAUCUCCGGUUCUGCAUCUAUGGCCUGAUCAGCGCCUUUGUGGCCGCCGCCUGGAGCUACUGGCGCGUCGACACCACCAAAUACAAUGUGCUCCGCCAGACGCUGAUCAAUGACUACGGGCGCAGCGGCAACUUCGUGAUCGACUUUGCCCUGGGCCGGCAGCUGAAUCCCAAGUGGCUGGGACGUGUCGACUGGAAGCAAUACUACUAUCGCCUCUCCCUGGUCAGCACCCUGCUCUAUGCCGUCUGCUACAUCUACCAGACGCUCCAGUGGCCCCAGUGGCCCCAGAGCCAGGACGGCUACGUCUAUCUCGUGCGUUACUAUUGGCAGAAUGUCAACUACGAUGCCGGCGCUCUGCUGGCGGCCAGUUCGCUCUUGCUGUACGUGCUGGAUGCGCUCAUCUUCGAGCAUCAUCUCAGCUGCUCCUUCGAGCUGCAGCACGAGGGCUACGGCUGUCUGCUGCUGCUGCGCUACGCCGUCACGCCCUAUCUGCUCAGCUCGGUCAGCAAGUACUUCUACGAGCAGCGCGUGCCCAUCAGCUGCUGGUAUGCCCCGUACGCUGUGCUCUGCCUGCUCCUGCUGGGACUGGGCAUCAAGCGCUACAGCUGCGCCUACAAGUACAAGUACCGUUUGAACUCGCAGCAUCCCAUCUUCGCCAACAUCGAGACCAUUCACACCUACCAGGGCAACCGGCUGCUGCUGAGCGGCCUCUGGGGCCAUCUGCGCCAGCCCAACUAUCUGGGUGACAUCAUCGCGCUUUUCGCUCUGGGCGCGCCCAUGAUCCUGCGUCCAGCUUGGCCGCCGCUGCUGUCGCUGCUGCUGCUGAUCCUAGUUCUGGUGCAUCGGGCCACGCGCGCCAAUGCGCGCAAUCAGGAACGCUAUUUCUCCUCCUGGCAGCGCUACUGCCUCCUGGUCAAAUACUACAUAAUACCCAAGAUUUUCUAAGCUCCAUCGAAUGCUCAAGGCACAAUUUUUGAUUUGGCUCUGCCCACCGCAAAUUUUUUGAUGAUUUUUGUUUUUAUUUUAAUUUUAUUGUAAUUGUAUUUUAGUUUUUCAUCGGAUUUCAACUCGAAUUAUUUUCCUGUACAUAUAUUCACAGGUUAGCGACCUGUCGUCCUUCAUUUCACAUUUUCACCCGUUUCAUUUUUCUCGUUUUCAAUUGAUUUUAGUACAAACAAACAAAAACAACAACUCAACAUUUAUUUUACUUCAAAGACAAGAUUAUAUGACUAGCCAUAUAAAGGAUGUAAUACAAAUUAUAUAUAUAUAUAUACACACACA